CUCUGAAGUUGAUUAAGCGACCCUUCCCUUGCUGUAUCCUCGCCAUGGCGUCGUGUCCCUGCUCUCUCUGUAACAGAAAGUGGCCGCCUCUCUACUGCUGUCGACUCAAAGCUCACAGACUCAGUCGUUCACCCAAACCGCCAUUUUGGAGUCCGAGAACUGUGAGUCGGCAGCAGCAUCGAGAGAGACUAAAAGGGGGACACGGGGCCAAGGUGAGAUAGUCCUUAGCGGUUGUUAUGGCGAAGGAGCUACGGGGGAAGAUGGCCGGGAGGGAAAAGAAUUAGAACAUGGGGACCAGGCAACCGAGUCCCACCUCGUGCCCGAACCAAGGGCACGGGCUGCGGGCUUCGCGGCCUUGCCGUCGCAGCACAACAGCUAGCCGGCCCAACACCGACCAUACGUUAAACGUUGUUAUAACUGUAAAAGAGCACGGACGUGGUGGCCUUAAAGAGACAGACCCGAUUUGGAUACUUCAAAAUAGGGUAUUGAGAAGUCAUCAGCCCGAAAAGUUGUCAGAAUUAGGACAGCUGAUGGGUUAUAAUGCAUAAGCAAGAUAGCUGGGUAGCCAAAGUAAUAGGACAAAGGUAUGAGGGUCUGGUGUAAAAUACUAGACAUUUUUUAGACAUAAUAAACUGCUUGGUAGGAUAAUGGCAACAACAUGCAAUGCCUUUACACAGCGCCUUGACCCCUCGCUAUCGUUGAUCGGGUGCACUGUGUGUGUGAGUGUAAAGUAGCUAGCCUUAGCCUUCAUGCUACUAUUAGCUUAGCAAUAUUGCCCUCUAGUUCUGUGCGUAAAUGGCACAAGAGAGGGUUAACCCCUUUACCAAUGUACCAAUGGUGUUUUUCUUUUCGUGUUCAUUAUUUUAGUCACCAUGCUACAAAAAAUAAUAUUUUCGAUCAAUGAUUUUGUUUACUUAUUUGCUUAUCUCGUCCAUGGCUGGUACUGCCCACUGUCAAUAUGAAGCCAUGAAUUUAUUUGGAAGAAUUUGUGUACUUUGUAUAUAACUGAGCAUAUACAAGUCACGGGUGUUCCAGAUACUGACGAGCCAAACAUGUCUUCACCAUAAAUGGACCCCAUAUCAUUACAACGUCACACAAUUUCAUUCAUAAACACAUUGCUUUGUUGUUUCAAUAAUGAAGAUAAGAAAUUGAUUUAGAUCUAAUAAAUUCAUGUCAGAAAAUCGGUUUAAACCUCAGACUAAGAUACUCUAAACUGUAAAUUAUAACUAUAUAUUUUUAACGUUUCAAUCAUAAUGAUUCUAAGUAUAUACAGCAGUCAAUUGACGAAUAGGGUCAUUGCUGUAUUAUGUACAACAAAGCCAUCAUUGGUUGAUGUGUGUACUUGCCCUACAAUUAGCUGCUAGUUUUAGAAUAUACUAUACAAUAUUUACUAUAUUAUAAUCAAUACAUUUUCCAUGUUUGCCUUUGUGCAAUGCUAUUAUAAAGGUUUUGUUAGCAUAAUUUGUUAAGCACAGGGAAAUAUAAAGAAUGUGUCUAGUAUCAGUGUCACAGUUGCUCAAUAGAAAAUAAAACAAUACUUUGUUGUAUUUUUCCCAAUCUGUAGACCAUCCACCUGUUUUAUGUGGUUGCGGAUUAUGGAAUCAAGAAUAAUGACAUCUCAAAUCCCAAAGGAGGUCCCAGUCUGUUAGUCGGAGGUGCCUGUGGGCUGCAUGGCGACAGGGCAGAGCCCACUGGAGGCUGGGGCCUCCGGAGGCUCUGGCCUGGCCAAGCCUCUGUUCCUGCAGCGCUUGGAGCGGUCCCUAAGACUAGACAGCUUCCUGCGUCAGACGGCCACCAUCUACAACAAAGACAUCACCAGUGAUGAAAGUGAUGACAGUGAGGGAUCAUUGGGGGAGGGGCUAUCCUUUGAGCCAACCAAUCACCACGCAGUGUGCAAAGAGGAGCCAUGUGAUCCAGAGGAUAGUCUGGACGAUGCCAAGCCGCUCAAUGGCGUCCUGUUGCAAGACCCAAAGACUGACAAAGCCAGCCUGUACAAUUUCUCCAAGCUGAAGAAAAACAGGAAAUGGCUCAAGAGCAUCCUGCUGAGCGACGACACUUCGGAUUCGGACACGGAUUCGGACGACUCCGACUUCAGCCUGUCCCAGGAGGAGCUCCACGACAUGCUGAAGCUGCACCGGCAUACCAGGCUGCACCAGAGCAAGUUCCACUCCGACCGAGAGCUUCACCAGUAUCAGUACUACAGCACUGGACUCCUCUCCACGCAUGACCCCUUCUACGAACAACAGCGCCAUCUCCUGGGACCAAAGAAGAAGAAAAUCAAGGAUGAGAAGAAAUUCAAAGCCAAACUGAAGAAGGUGAAAAAGAAGAAGAAACGUGGAGAGGGGGACUUCAUGGACGAGGGCCGUCCGUACGUCAACAAAGUCUUUGCCAAGUUUUCCCAUGAUGCCCCGCUGCCCGUGGUGAAGAAGAAGCACCUCACCAUCGAGCAGUUGAACGCGCGGCGGAGGAAAGUGUGGCUCACCAUUGCCAAGAAAGAGAUACCAAAGACGUUCAAGCAGAAAACCUCAGCCAAGAACCUGGUCUUGACCAACUCUAAAAAGCUGGCCCACCAGUGCAUGCGGGAGGUGCGGCGGGCGGCCAUCCAGGCGCAGAAGAACUGCAAGGAGACGCUGCCGCGCGCUCGCCGCCUCACCAAGGAGAUGAUGCUCUACUGGAAGAAGUACGACAAGGUGGAGAAGGAGCACCGCAAGCGGGCCGAGAAGGAGGCGCAGGAGCAGCGCAAGCUGGACGAGGAGAUGAGGGAGGCCAAGCGUCAGCAGCGCAAGCUCAACUUCCUCAUCACCCAGACGGAGCUGUACGCCCACUUCAUGGGAGGCAAGGGGGAGAUGACCCCGGAGGAGAUCCUGAGUAAGCUGGAAGACCCCCCUCCUGCGCAAAGACAGACGGACGCGGGCGGAGCCGUGAAGCUCACCGUGGGCCAGGAAGACUACGAUAGUGGAUUCUACAAGUCCCAGGCUCUGAGGAAUGCUAGAGAGGCCUACCAAAUUCAUCAGGAGAAGACGCGGACGUUUGACGACGAAACCAAGGACAGCCGCAGUGCGGCGGCCGGGUCGGGCUCCGGGUUCGGGGACAGCUACAGCCUGGCCAACCCGUCCAUCCAGGCCGGCGAGGACAUCCCGCAGCCCGUCUGCUUCAACGGGAAGCUCAAGGGCUACCAGCUCAAGGGCAUGAACUGGCUGGCCAACCUCUACGAGCAGGGCAUCAACGGCAUCCUAGCAGACGAGAUGGGACUGGGGAAGACGGUGCAGAGCAUCGCGCUUCUGGCUCACCUGGCGGAGCGUGAGAACAUCUGGGGUCCGUUCCUGAUCAUCUCCCCAGCUUCCACGCUCAACAACUGGCACCAGGAGUUCACCCGAUUCGUGCCCAAAUUCAAGGUGUUGCCGUACUGGGGAAACCCUCACGACCGCAAGGUGAUCCGGAAGUUCUGGAGCCAGAAAACCCUGUACACCAAGGAUGCACCGUUCCACGUGGUCAUCACCAGCUACCAGCUGGUGGUCCAGGAUGUCAAGUACUUCCAGAGGGUCAAGUGGCAGUAUAUGGUCCUGGAUGAGGCUCAGGCCCUCAAGAGCAGCACCAGUGUUCGCUGGAAGAUCCUACUGCAGUUCCACUGUAGAAACCGUCUACUGCUCACCGGGACGCCCAUUCAGAACACUAUGGCUGAGCUGUGGGCCCUGCUGCACUUCAUCAUGCCCACCCUGUUUGACUCCCACGACGAGUUCAACGAGUGGUUCUCAAGGGACAUCGAGAGCCACGCCGAGAACAAGUCCGCCAUCGACGAGAACCAGCUCUCCAGGCUCCACAUGAUCCUGAAGCCCUUCAUGCUGCGCAGGAUCAAGAAGGACGUGGAGAACGAGCUGUCCGACAAGAUCGAGAUCCUGACCUACUGCCAGCUGACGUGCCGCCAGCGUCUCCUGUACCAGGCGCUGAGGAACAAGAUCUCCAUCGAGGACCUGCUGCAGUCGUCCAUGGGCACGGCCCAGCAGUCCCACAACACCACCUCCUCCCUCAUGAACCUGGUCAUGCAGUUCCGCAAGGUGUGCAACCAUCCCGACCUGUUUGAGCGCCAGGAGACCCGCUCUCCGUUUCACAUGGCCCUCAAGCCCUACAUCAUGUCCAAGUUCCUCUACCGCCAAGGCCUCGUGCACACACACAACCAGGCCAAGAAUAAGCUGCUGCAGACGCUGCUCUCUCCGUUCUGUCCAAACCACAUUCAGCAGUCCCUGUUCCACAGGGAAGGGAAGGACAAAGGCAGCUUCUUCUCCUUCCUCCGCUUCGUGGACCUCUCUCCGGCGGAGAUGUCCAACGUCAUGCUGCGAGGCACCCUGGACAGGUGGUUAGCUCUGUAUUUAGCCCUGAAGGCCGCCUACCGGCUCCAUCACCGGAGGCUGUUUGACCUGCCCGAUGAGCAGGUGGAGGUGGAGACCGGGGGACCGGCAUCGGGGGAGUCGGGGGGCGAGGGACCCGGGAACACGUGUCUCUCUCGCCGCGACCUCAUUCUGUGGCUCAACCGCCCCACUGCCUUCCCCAACACACACAGCAGCCCCUUGUUUCAGGAGCUGGUGUUCACGGCCCACAGGCCAGGCGUGUUGGGGCACAGGGACGUGAGGAUCCACAACCGACGGUCUGCCACCUCCACGGUGCGGCCCUGCCAGCCCGCCCUUCCCCCCAAGUUCCUCUUCAUCGCCGCACCCAGGGUGACGGCGGCGCCCCUGGAGCGCUACAUCCCCGACCGCGGCGCAGAGUACGAGUGGCGGCUGACGCGGAGCGGCGGGGGCGUGGCCUCCAAGCAGUGUUUCCUCUACGGCUCCCCGGAGCUGGCCUCUGAUUGGGCCACCCGGGCCAACGCCUUCCUGCCGCGACGACCCGGGGGCGCCAUGGCCGUCUGUCCUCGCCACGGCUGGUCCUUUAUCAGGAUACCCGAUAAGGAGAGUCUCAUUACGGAGAGUGGCAAGCUGCAAACCCUGGACAUCCUUCUGAGUCGUCUCAAGACUCAGGGACACCGCGUCCUGAUCUAUUCCCAAAUGACCCGCAUGAUAGACUUACUGGAGGAGUACAUGGUUUACCGAAAGCACACCUACAUGCGUCUGGACGGCUCCUCCAAGAUCUCAGAACGCAGAGACAUGGUGGCAGACUUCCAAAGCCGGACGGACAUCUUUGUGUUUCUGCUGAGCACACGGGCGGGGGGGCUGGGCAUCAACCUGACCGCUGCGGACACGGUGAUCUUCUACGACAGCGACUGGAACCCGACGGUGGACCAGCAGGCCAUGGACCGGGCCCACCGGCUGGGCCAGACCAAGCAGGUCACCGUGUACCGGCUCAUCUGCCAGGGCUCCAUCGAGGAGAGGAUCCUGCAGCGCGCCAAGGAGAAGAGCGAGAUCCAGCGGGUGGUGAUCUCAGGCGGGAACUUCAAGCCCGACACCCUGAAGCCGAAGGAGGUGGUCGGCCUGCUGCUGGAUGACGACGAGCUGGAGAAGAAACUGCGCGUCAGACAAGAGGAGAAGAGGGACCUGGAGGAGUGCAGCAAGGUGAAGGACCGCAAGAGGAAGAGGGAGAAAUACGCAGAGAAGCUCCAGAAGAAGGGGGAGGAGUCGGAGCCCAAGCGGGGGAAGGAGGUGAACCUGGUCAUCGCCCACGCGCCCUCGGCCGACAACUCCAACCUCUCGGCCGACGGGGAGGACUCCUUCAUCAGCGUGGACAUGGACUCUGCCAUGCCCAGCCCCUUCAGCGAGAUCUCCCUGAGCAGCGAGCUGCAGACGGGCUCCCUGCCCCCCCCGGACGCCGAGGGCGACGAGAGCAGCAGCGACAUGCUGGUGAUCGUGGACGACCUGGCCUCGUCGUCGGCCCCCCAGUCCCGCGCCACCAACUCCCCCGCCUCCGUCUCCGGCUCCGUCUCGGACAACGUCAACGGUAUUUCAGCUCAGGACGCUGCGGGCCCCGGGAGGGGGAGGUCUGGCCGCAGCCGCGGCCGGCCCAAAGGCUCUGGGGGCGGAGCUAAAUCGGCGGGGAAGGGGCGUGGCCGCAAGUCCACCGCCGGAAGCGCGGCAGCGAUAGCGGGGGCGAUGGCCGGGGCGGCGGCGGCGUCGGCCGCAGCCUACGCCGCCUACGGCUACAGCAUGGGCAAAGGCCUGCCUACGGCCGGCACUCUGCAGCCGGCUCUGGGCCGCUCCGGCGCGGCACCGGCGGCCUCCAGCCCAGCCUUCAGCCCGGGCAGCAGCUCCUCUCCCCAGGCCAAGAGAGGGACCUCCACCCCCAGCCCCCACAAACACUCUGCCCACGCCGGCCACGGCUCGGCACGCAAGGGCAAGGGGCCCGCCGGACCGGGGCCACAGUAG